AUGGCUACACCUAAUCCAGUUCCCAAACUUUACCGAGCAGUUGUCGAGGAUGUAAUAAGCAGUGUACGUGAAGCCUUUUUAGAUGAAGGUGUUGAUGAGCAAGUAUUACAGGAAUUAAAACAGUCAUGGGAAAGUAAACUGAUCCAGUCAAAAGCUUUAGUUCAAUCCCCACCUGAGGAACAAGUUUUAGCCAGUCCCUUUGCAUUGGGAAACUAUCACACCCAAUCUCAAACAGUUGCCAUGAAACCAAAAGUUGUAUCAAAUACCAUACCUCAAACGAUUUCAGUACCGAUCCAAAUUGCUGGCCACACAACUGGAACAGAACUGAGUAGCCCCGCUCAAACAGCUGCUGUGGCUCUCAGCUCUGGUUUAUUUCAACAGCAACUGGCAGCUGGUCUCACCCUUCAACCAGCAGGUAACGGUCAUUUUAUUACUGUGUCCAACAUUCCACACCAAGCUGCUCAGUCAUCUUCACAGGUUGCUACAGCAACAAUCACGAUUCCCAAUGCCAGCACACUUGUUCAUAAUCAAGUUCACACUACUGCUUCAGUUGAUAAUGCCGUUCCGAUUACUACUCAAGUGGCACAUCAAACAGUUAACACUUCUGCACCUGCAGGUAUAAUUCAACUAGAUGGUCCUGAGGAUACAAGUUCCGAGGAAGAUGAUGACUAUGACAAUGAUGAUAAUGAAGAUGAAGAAGAUGAUGUAGCAAAUGAGGAAGAAGUUGAAUCAGGUGGAGUCGAAGAGGAACCAUUGAAUUCAGGUGAUGAUGUCAGUGAAGAAGACGUGUCUGAAUUAUUUGACACAGACAAUGUUGUUGUUUGCCAGUAUGAAAAAAUCCACCGAAACAAGAAUAAAUGGAAAUUCCAGCUGAAGGAUGGCAUCAUGAAUCUGAAUGGAAAAGAUUCGGUAUUUCACAAAGGAACCGGUGAUGCUGAGUGGUAA